UAUUCAAAUGCCAAUUGCCACACAGGCAGAUAGACAGGUCUGACAAAUAGACUGGCUGGUGACUGUUGGUUUGCUGCCACCUACCUGGGGCAGCUUAAAUAGGUGGCGCUGUUGCACAGAUUUCAUCAUCUGGCGAGAGACACGCAGCGGAAACGUUUCAGAGUUUUCCAUAGCAUUUCUAUAGCCCAGACGUUGUCAACUUAGCGAGACUUGUCAAUACAUGUUGCUAUAUAUAUCUAGAACAAAAAUGUCAGUCAGCUUUGGCAUGUUGCAGCAGGAGGCGUGUCGGGCGGAGUCUGUCAGCUAUGCGCUGUAUUUGCAUCGUGAGGAGUUGGGGCGCCCGCAGCGCAGCCGUCGCCUGAUGCGCGUGGCAUGCACCAAGUUGCAGCUGACAAAUGAGCUGAUCUGGAGGGAGCGACGCCAAUGGGAGCUGGAGGCGCCCAGCUAUCAGCAGAGAAGCGCACUAAAUCGUGAGCGCCAAUAUCGCGAUAUAUUAACGCGCAACAUGCAACGCCAGCUGGAAAAGCAGCAACAGCAGCGAAAACACAAACUAGACACACUUGCAGACAGCUGCAGAGCAACACAGCGAUAGAUGCCACGUUAAACAGUUUAAAUUUAAGUUUUAACUUUAAGAUUAAGCUUUUGUUAAAGUCGCAGCUUAAACGAUAAGCAAUAAAGCCGCAUAAAUCAUCAAAGAUACUACA